AUGGUAGCUGUCCAGAUUGGAACCUCACAAAAGAUGCCAUCAGUUGCUAUCUGGUUCUUGUGUAGUCACCUUAUCACAAUUUGUGGAUCAUUGGUGUAUUGGAGAACUGUGAGUCCAUCCCCCAAAGAUGUUUUAUUUUAUUUUAUUUUACUUUUUUCCAUCCUUAUUACAGAAACAAUAAGAGAAAAGUAUGAAAGCCUACAGGAGGAGCUGAUGCAGGUGCAGCUCAAGUACCAGAAGGAAGUGGAACGCCUGGAGAAGGAAAACAAGGAGCUCAGGAAGUCGCUAAUGCUCAGAGCAGGUGACAAAAUAGCACACAAGAAGAUUAAAAAGUCCCUCAUUGAUAUGUACAGUGAGGUGCUGGAUGAGCUCUGCGAUUAUGACAGCAGCUAUGACACGCAGGAUCACUUACCGAGAGUGGUAGUGGUUGGGGACCAGAGUUCGGGCAAGACUUCAGUGUUGGAGAUGGUGGCACAGGCAAGAAUUUUCCCCCGUGGUGCUGGGGAGAUGAUGACCCGUGCGCCAGUCAUGGUAACACUCAGUGAGGGACCAUAUCACAUUGCCUCCUUCAAGGACUCGACCAGAGAAUUUGAUCUCACCAAGGAAUCUGAACUGAGCGAACUAAGGAAGGAGGUAGAGCUCAGGAUGCUCAACAGUGUCCGAUUAGGCCGCACAGUCAGCCAUGAAGUUAUUUCAAUGACCGUAAAAGGCCCAGGAUUACAGAGGAUGGUGCUUGUUGAUCUACCAGGGAUCAUCAGUACUGUAACAACUGACAUGGCUUCAGAUACCCGUGAGGCAAUCCGCAGCAUCUCAGAACAGUACAUGUCUAACCCAAAUGCCAUCAUUCUUUGCAUUCAGGAUGGAUCAGUUGAUGCUGAACGAUCAAAUGUCACAGAUCUCGUAAGUCAGAUGGAUCCACAGGGCAAGCGAACUAUUUUUGUGUUGACCAAGGUUGACUUGGCUGAAGAAAACCUGACCAAUCCAGAUAGAAUAAGAAAGAUCCUGUCUGGGAAGCUGUUCCCAAUGAAAGCUCUUGGCUACUUUGCUGUGGUGACCGGGAAGGGAAGUAAGGAGGACUCGAUCCAAGCUAUAAAGGAUUAUGAGGAAUCCUUCUUUAGAAACUCAAGAUUAUUUAACCACAUAUUUGAAAACAUAUAUUUACCAGCUGCACAAACAGAAAAUUCUGGUACAUUUAACACUACAGCAGAUAUUAAGCUCAAGCAGUGGGCUGAUGGUAUGCUUCCCAAGAAAUGUGUUGAAGUUGGUUGGGAAACACUGGAAGAUGAGUUCAGAAAGUUCAUGGAGAGAGCCAAAAAUUCAAAGGACCAUGAUGACAUUUUUGACAGCCUGAAAGCCUGUGUUGUAGAUGAGGCAAUGAGGCGCCAUGAGUGGGAAGAUAAGGCUGCAGAUGUGUUGAGAGUAAUCCAGCUAAAUGCCCUGGAGGAUAGGUCGGUCCAUGACAAGCAACAGUGGGACGCAGCUUGCAAAUUCUUGGAGGAAUCGGUUAAAGAUAAGCUUCACACCACUGAGUCUACCCUGAGGGAGAUGGUUGGACCCAGCACCAAAGAGCAGUGGAUGUAUUGGUCAUACCCAACAGAAGAGCAGAAAAGGAGAGCAGCAGUCAAAUCAGAGCUUGAAAAUAUCCUGAAGUCUGACUAUAAACACAAAAAUACCCUUACAUAUGAUGAAGUAACCCAAGUCCGCAAGAAUGCACAAGCCCAAGGAGUUGACGUAGACAACGAAUUUAUCCGUGAAACGUGGCAUCCUGUGUACCGAAGACACUUCCUCAGACGUGCCCUAGCAAAGGCAUAUGACUGCAGGAAAGCCUUUUAUGCUUACCAUCAAGGGCUUGAGGGAGAAUUAGGGGUGGAGUGUAAUGAUGUAGUACUCUUCUGGCGGAUUCAGCAAAUGAUUAGAAUAACAGCAAACGCUCUUAGACAGCAAGUUAUGAAUCGUGAAGCACGGAGACUAGAAAAAGAAAUCAAAGAAGUUUUGGAAGAAUAUGGUUGCGACCGUGACAAGAAAGAACACUUGUUGACUGGACGUCGAGUUAUGUUAGCAGAAGAACUCAAACGAGUUAGACAGAUCCAAGAAAAACUAGAAGAGUUCAUCUAUGCACUAAAUGCAGAGAAAUAAUGCAGGAGAGAAAGAUUCCUUGACUCAAAAGAACCCAGUGAACUUAUAAAUGAAACUGUAGUGUGUUUCUAGUUGUUGGCUAUUUAUCAUAGUGUGAGGUGAAUAAACAUUCUUGAAAGAGAUCUCUUGUUCCAGGUGUCUUUCAAGUACUGUGGUGGAACAUGGAAACUACUCACUCUAGCUUCACUAUCAGAUAGUGUACUGGCUUUGUAUUUUUUUAUUGGAUGAGUUUGCUUGGUAGGGUUGUUAGUAUUCAGGUUGCUAAAAGAAGACCCAUGAGCUAACAUCAAGCUUCUUAGCUGCUGUCUGCAGACCGUUUCUCUCACACAAAACUUUGUCCUUUUAAAGUUGGCAAUGCAGUUACAGCAUUUUCUUGAAUUUGUGAACUUUCUUUGUCUGGUUAUGAAGGCAGGCUUCAGAUGGUUAUUUAAAUACAAAUGUCAGAAUAAUAUCUAGAGAAGGCUAAUAUAUUCACAUUUUAUGACAUGUAAAGCGCAUCAGUGCUCUCAACAUAUUUAAAUAGGCUGUGCUCUAUGUUCCACACAUUCUUUUGUUGGCAUUGGGAAACAAGUUAAUAAAAGGAGCCUAAGGGACUUAUUUAACCACUAAAUGGAAUAUUGAUAUCUUCGUUAUUUAAAAGAGAGUAAUUAUUGUCACAUAUUUAGAAAAAAUAUUUUAAACUCCUUUGGUGACUUUUUGUCACAUUAUAUGUAAAUGAUAUUGAUUAGACUAGUCAGACUCUGAUGCUCCUGAUAUAAGAUUAUCAUUCCCCCUUUUAAGCACGUCUGGCAUUCUUUGGGCAAGAGACUGAGUCUUUUAAGGGGUCUGUACAUAGUUUCUUGGUUAUUCAUAGAUGUGUUUUAAAUUGAGUAGUCAGACAUCCUGUGGCUUAUUGAAUUUUAAAAGUGUAUUAACAGCAACUUAUUGUUAAGGCAAAAUUUCCAUGUGCUGCUUAUGGAAGAAAUGCUGUAAUUUGAAAAUCCGAAGUUGAGAAAAAAAAAGGAAAUCUUCUGACAUAACUGAAAUUGUAAACAAAAUCAUUGUGUUAAUUCUUACUAUAAUCAUAUUUGUGACCACAUUUAAAUGAGGAUUUCCAAAAUGUAUGAAUCUGACAUUUACAUUACCUUUCCUCUGGCUGCAUUUAAAAGUAAACGCAUCUGUUGAAUAUUUGCAUAUACUGUAUGUUUUGUAAAUAAAAUUUACCAUGCUAA